AUGGCUGUAACCAUCAGCGUACCCAGCAAUGUGCCUGGCGGGAUAUAUACAGAUCUCAAGAUGGCUGGUGUAAUAGGUGAACCGUAUUACGGCGAAAACGAUUUGCACUACGAAUGGGUUGCUCUGGAAAACUGGACAUUCUACAGAAGCUUUGCACUUCCCACGUACAUUUUCGGUUACCGGUCUAUAAGGCUCGUGGCUCAUGGUGUUGACACGGUCUGCACGGUGACUUUGAACGGCGUCAACGUAUUGAAGACGGAAAACAUGUUCAUUCGCUACGAAGUCGGCGUGAGAUUGGUUCUCAGGAGGAACAACAGCAUCGUGGUGAGCUGCCAGUCACCGGUGUUGUACGCCCUUAGUGAGCACGAGGAACGAAUCAGAGAGUCACGUCCCGUAUUGCCACUGUGUCCUCCACCUAUUCAGAGGGGACAUUGCCACGUGAACUUGAUCCGCAAGAUGCCCUGCUCGUUCAGCUGGGACUGGGGGCCGUCGUUCCCCUCCACAGGAAUUUGGAAAACGAUUGAAUUAGAGGCCUACAACAGAGCGGUUAUUCGAGACGUAACUGUGUCAACGACACCACAACGCACGGCGUACGGAGGGCUCAGAUGGGUCAUCAACGUCGGCGUGUUCUUCAAGCUAUCACCACGUGCACCAAAAUACGGGACCAUCUUUAUCAGCCUGGGCGACAUCCUUUUGGGCAGUAAAACAGUUAUCCUCAAGAAGCUGAGAACUCGCAGGGAAUCAUUUGAAGAGCUUAGUGGAGAGGUGAAAAUUUCCGUGGUCGUUCCGCAGGCUAUAGAAAUAGAUCGUUGGUGGCCGACUGGCUACGGAAGUCAGAAGCUGUACCAGCUCAACGUGACUAUGUCUAUCGACGACGAACUGUGCGACAAGAUGAUCAAAUUUGGGUUUCGAACUGUUGAACUCCAGGAAGAUGCUAUAGACGGAGUCGAUGACGGCGCUAAGUUCUACUUUAGUAUCAACGAUGUGCCAAUAUUCGCCAAAGGUAGCAACUGGAUCCCAGCGGACAUCUUUCCGGAAAGGGUUACGGAAGAAUACGUCAGAGAGCUGCUGCAGUCCGCCAAGGAUGCCAAUAUGAAUAUGAUUCGUGUAUGGGGCGGUGGUAUCUACGAGUCAGAUUACUUCUACGACCUCGCCGACGAACUUGGAAUUAUGAUCUGGCAGGACCUGAUGUUCUGUGUCAGCCACUAUCCCGCAGACGAAGCCUUUCUUCGCAGUGUUGCCGUUGAAGUGCGCCAACAGGUUCGUCGUCUUCAACGCCAUCCCUCUCUGAUUGUAUGGGUUGGCAACAACGAGAAUGAAAAUGGCAUCUACGAUGACCAGUGGGGAUACCUGUCCAGCGUUUUGGACGACUAUCGAAAGCUGUACGUGUACACCGUAAAGAGAGUCAUUGACAGAGAGGAGACGUCGCGCCCGUUCCUCUCUUCAUCUCCCAGCAACGGCAGGGCCGGGAACCCUGCGUUUCUCAACACUUCAAUUCCUAAAAACUUGACCUUGAAUGAAGAAGACAUCUGGCCGCGAGGUCCGCCAAACAGUGCAAACUAUGGUGACAGUAAUAAAGAAAUAGUACGGUCUCUGAAGCACCACUUCACCAUACCAACAGACGAGUGGAACGUCAACGGAACAGAAAACGGAUACAGCAUGGUCUCAUACUUGAGCCAAGUGGUGCAAGCCGAAGGUGUUCGCACCGGUUGCGAGUCGUUCCGACGUUGGCGCAGCUACCUCGGUCCUGUCGGUCGCGGUAACACCAUGGGCGUUCUUUUCUGGCAGCUCAACGAAAUCUGGCAGGCCCCGUCGUGGUCUUCCAUUGAGUACGGUGGUCGUUGGAAAAUGCUGCACUACUUCGCCAAGAAAUUCUUCAGUCCCGUGCUCGUGUCACCGUUUAUAUAUGGAACGGAUCUCUGCGUCUUUGUUGUCAACGACAAACUUUUGCCGUUGCAUGAUGUUUUGCUCAGGAUUCUAGUGUACCAGUGGGCAUCGUUCAUUCCUGUGCGCUCGAUGACAGUUCGUCUGACAGUGGUAAGUGAGACUCGCAAUGUGUGGUCCGUAACGGGACCGACUUCUUCCGACUUGGAGCCAGAUGCGUACAAGUAUGACGUGCAGAUUCGCACGGACAACGUGGCACUUUUCGUGUGGCUCGACUCGCGUGCUGUGAGAGGUCGCUUCUCGGACAACGGCUUUCUCCUGAAAGAUCCCGUCAAGAUGGUCCAGUUUCGCACCUCCGAGGGCGUGAUGUCCGAGCAGCUUCACGAGGCCAUAACCAUUUAUACGAUGUCAGGGGCAAACGGUAACGACCAAAAACGAGAUUCGCUCGUUUCCCAGUGAUAAACUGUAUCGCGGAAGUAUUAUUAAGUGAAUG